CCACAUACUGAACGAAGCGAUUUUAUCGGGCGAUCUCAUACAAACAAGAAAAUAGGCGAGUCACAAGUAUUCAUCGACACGUCAAGCAAGAAAAUGAAUGGACAAAGUAGUAUCGCAAAAAUCAUGUGGACUUCCUGAUCACCUCUUUUAAACGUAUCCGAAGAAACCCGUCAACUCUAAAUUUCAUGUGCUUGAUUCGAAAAUGAAAACGAUCAUGCGUACAUCCUUGACGAAAAGGAUCAUAUUCCAACAACUUCCUCAUAUAGAACGUCGUUAUGGAUCUACUUCCAGUCCUGAUUCUUGCGGGAUAUUCGACCUCAUCAUCGUUGGUGGUGGCAUCGUUGGCUGCGCCACUGCCCGAGAGAUGAUGAUCAGACACCCUAAUCUAAAAAUGGCAAUCGUCGAGAAAGAAAACUCAUUGGCGAAGCAUCAGACAGGCCAUAACAGUGGCGUCGUGCACGCUGGCAUUUACUAUGUUCCUGGCAGUAUGAAAGCAAAACUAUGCGUGGAAGGUUUAAAACUGUCCUACGAAUACUUCUGCGAACACGACAUACCCCACAACAAGGUUGGGAAACUCAUAGUAGCGCAAAAUCCGGUACAAGUUAAACAAAUAGACGACCUGUACGACCGAGGACUGAAGAACAACGUACCAGAUCUUCAGCUGGUCGAAAAAGAGUGUAUAGCGAAUUACGAGCCUAAAUGUCGAGGGGAAAAGGCUAUUUGGUCACCGUGGACAGGUAUAGUUGAUUGGGCAUUAGUAUGCAAGCACUUUGCUCAAGAUUUUCAAAAGAUGGGCGGCCAAAUAUUCCUAAACUGCGAAGUAACCGGAUUCUCGGAAAUGGGAGAAUCGAAAGGAGGGAACGAAUUGGCUCCCAUUUCAGUACAAUCGAAAAACAAAUGUAUACCAACAAAGUACGUCCUAACGUGUGCUGGGUUACAUUCGGAUCGUUUGGCCGUCAUGACAGGAUGCGACCUAAGCCCACGAAUCGUUCCGUUCCGUGGCGAAUACCUGUUACUACACGAAAAGAAAAGACAUUUGUGUACAACCAACAUAUAUCCUGUCCCAGAUCCCCGAUUUCCCUUUUUAGGUGUCCAUUUCACGCCUAGGAUGAACGGCGAAAUAUGGCUCGGUCCGAAUGCCGUUUUAGCUUUUGCCAGAGAAGGUUAUCGAUGGUUCGACAUAAACAUUAAAGAUUGUAUAGAAAUGGCGAAAUUUCCAGGACUAUACAAACUUUGCUUCCGAUACUUCGUACCGGGAUGCAAAGAAAUUAUUAAAUCGAUUUUCUAUCCACUCGUGGCUAGAGACCUAAGAAAGUUUAUUCCCGAAGUAACCUUCAGGGAUAUAAAAAGGGGGCCGGCGGGAGUUCGAGCACAGGCCUUGGAUAACAAUGGGAAAUUAGUCGACGAUUUUGUUUUUGAUGUAGGAAAAGGUACUAUCGGUAGUAGAGUGAUUCACUGUCGAAACGCACCUUCUCCUGCUGCUACUAGUAGCAUGGCAAUCGCUAAAUUCAUUGCAGAUAAAUUGGAGACUGAUUUCAAGCUUUGAUAAACGAAGUAAUAAACGGGAACAAUGAAAUUAUACUAAAUUUUCUACUCGCGAGAAAUACCUAUUUGAAAAUAAUAUAGAAGCUUUAUAUCUUAUUGAUACCGUAGUAGGCUAAUUUAUUAUUUUCAAGUAAUAUAUGUAUAUAUAUAUAUAUAUAUAUAUAUAUACAUAUGUAUGUAUGUAUUGUAUGUACAUGCAUUUACAUUCAAGUCAAUCAUAAAUGUUUAAAAAAUACUUCGAUUAGAUUAAUUUGUAUAUAUGUAAUCGAAUUAAAGUAAUUAAAAUUUUUCAUUGUGAUCUUGUACAAUGCGAAUAAAAUAAGUCUUCCGUAUUUAUAACUGCAUUGACGAAAAUUAUACAUGGAUGAUGCAUUAUUAA